UCCCGGGGCGCGGGUGCGGGAAGGGGCGCGCGCCCGGGCGCACGGCCCGGGGUGAUGGGCUCGGCGGGGACCGAGGUGGAGAAGGAAGCCGACCCCAGCCGGUCUGAGCCAGCCUGGUGGAGGAGCCCCGCCGCGGUGCACGCCCCAGCACUCCGGGGCCCGAGGCGGGAGAAUCAGGAGAGUUCCGGGCCAGCCUGGGCUACGGGAUUGGCCGGGGGGCAGGGCAGGUGCGGCGCACACCUGACCCCCGGCACUGGUUAGCAGGGGCAGGAGGAGCAGAUGUUGAAAGUCAUCGGCUGACAGCAAGUUCCGGGCCAGCCUGGGCUAGGGGAGAGGCGCGCGCCUUUGGUCCACCAAAAAUAAACGACUCAGUGAAUUAAAGCCAAAGUCAGCGUCCGCCCCGAGGCUUCGGGGGAAGCCGGCACAGAGGGAAGGGGCGCGGGGCUGCGAGCGGCUUGAGUCCCGGGGUGGGGCGGAGAAGGGGUGCAUCCUGGAACCCCUGGCCUGCAGCUCGCUCGGUCGGGGAUUGUUCGGGGUCUCCAGGGCUGCUUCCUGUUUGCUCCCCGCCUCCUUUGAGCCCGCCCCUCAGUGUGGGGGGACCCUAUACACACGCGGUAGACACACCGCCACCGAGUCACACCUUCGGUCCCCUCUUUCAACCCGUUUUAUUUUUCCCUGCUGCAUAGUAUUCCGGUGGCUUGCCAGGGACACCAUCUCAGGGCCCCGAGGGAGCUUCUGAGAUACCUUGGGCAGGGGUGUCACGGUGUGGCUGAGGCCCGGUCCCCACGGCUCCCGCUGACAGCUGCCACAGUGCCCAUGCCCACUCUCCCACCAGGAACAGGCCACUGGGUGCCAGUUAGAGGGGGAGCCUUAGCCGGGUGGUGGUGGCGCACGCCUUUAAUCCCAGCACUCAGGAGGCAGAGGCAGGAGGAUAUCUCUGAGUUCGAGGCCAGCCUGGUCUACAGAGUGAGUCCCAGGAAAGGCGCAAAGCUACACAGAGAAACCCUGUCUCGGAAAACAAAAAAUAAAAAUAAAAAUAAAAAAAUAGAGGGGGAGCCUUGUAACCACCAGAGUCAGCCCAAUGGAACCGAGGGUCCCUCCCCUGUCCCGAGGCCUCCUAUGGCUCCCAUGUCCCGGGGAGCCUCCCCUAGGGCUUCUCCAGAAGGCGGGCCUGGGCCACUCGCCUGGCUGCAGCCUCCCCCGCGAGGGAGGGCGGCGACCCCUCCCCUGCUCGGUGCCCAGCGCCCUCCCUCCUCCUCCUCAUCCGGGCACAGCUCUGGGGAGGGCGAGCGCAAGGCUCUGGAGUGGUGACUGCGCAGGGAGACGGGAAGGCGGGGACAGGGGGGGCGCGCGGUAUAAGAGUGGCCGCUGGCACAGGAGCCGCGCCCCAGCCCCCUGCGCCGCCGGCAGCAGAGCCCCGGGCGCCGGCACCCCGGGAGGGCGGCCCGGAGGAGGAGGAGGAGGAGGAGGAGCGGGGUCCUUCCCCAGUCCCCGCAGUCCGGGGACUCAACCCGCGAAGGCUGCCUGGAGGAGGAGGGCGGCCGGGCAUGGCUACCGAGGCGCCCUUGGGUCCCAACGCGACCUGGUGGGCUCCGGCCAACGCGUCGGGAUGCCCAGGGUGCGGUGCCAACGCCUCGGACGGCCCGGGCGCGGCGCCCAGGCCCCUGGAUGCCUGGCUGGUCCCCCUGUUCUUCGCCGCGCUCAUGUUGCUCGGGCUGGUGGGGAACUCGCUGGUCAUCUACGUCAUCUGCCGCCACAAGCACAUGCGGACGGUGACCAACUUCUACAUCGCGUCCGCGUGUCCCCCACCUGUAGCCAACCUGGCGGCCACGGACGUCACCUUCCUGCUGUGCUGCGUCCCCUUCACGGCGCUGCUCUAUCCGCUGCCCGCCUGGGUGCUGGGAGACUUCAUGUGCAAAUUCGUCAACUACAUCCAGCAGGUGUCAGUGCAAGCCACAUGCGCCACCUUGACGGCCAUGAGCGUGGACCGCUGGUACGUGACUGUCUUCCCGCUGCGCGCCCUGCACCGCCGCACCCCGCGCCUGGCCCUGGCCGUCAGCCUCAGCAUCUGGGUGGGUUCUGCAGCCGUGUCCGCCCCGGUGCUGGCCCUGCACCGCCUGUCGCAGGGGCCUCGCACCUACUGCAGCGAGGCCUUUCCCAGCCGCGCCCUGGAGCGCGCCUUCGCGCUCUACAACCUGCUGGCUCUCUACCUGCUGCCCCUGCUCGCUACCUGCGCCUGCUACGGUGCCAUGCUGCGCCACCUGGGCCGAGCUGCUGUGCGCCCCGCGCCCACUGACGGCGCCCUGCAGGGACAGCUGCUGGCACAGCGCGCCGGAGCGGUGCGCACCAAGGUCUCCCGGCUGGUGGCCGCUGUGGUCCUGCUCUUCGCCGCCUGCUGGGGCCCGAUCCAGUUGUUCCUGGUGCUCCAAGCCCUGGGCCCCGCGGGGGCCUGGCACCCUCGCAGCUACGCCGCCUACGCGCUCAAGAUCUGGGCUCACUGCAUGUCCUACAGCAACUCGGCACUCAAUCCGCUGCUCUACGCCUUCCUGGGCUCACACUUCAGACAGGCCUUCUGCCGAGUGUGCCCGUGCGGCCCCCGACGACGCCAGCGCCGGCCCCUCGGCUCUGCACUCUCCGACCGAGCCCAGACCCACACAGCGCCGCACUGCCUGGCCCGGCAACAGGCUGGCGUCAGGACGCCGGAGCCUGGGAACCCUGCAGCGCGCUCGCCAUGCGUCCUGCGUGAACAGGCUGCUCCACGCUGAGCUAAUCCCUCCGGGGACAAUCCAGCCCGUGUUCAGUAGUUAAUGGCUUAGUUUGUGUCCCUGGUAACCCGUGUAAACCGCCUUCUCUUCUUCGGGUUGGCACCGUGGGCCGUGGUUUUUGCCGUGGUUGUGAUACUACUCUGUACUCUACAGCGUUUGAAGAUUAAUGUCCCCACUUUCCGCAUCUACUUCAGGACUUUGUGCUUAAUAGGCAAGUGCUGGACCACUAAGCUAAAUACCCAGCCUCUUUUUCCUUUCCCCUACCCAUUGUAAAACAGGGUCGCAAGUAGCCCAGGCUGGCCUCCAACUCUGUGUAGGUAAGGCUGACCCUGAUCCUCUGGCCACGACCUUGGGACCUAAGCCACCAAGCCCAGCUUUCUUUUUCUAUUUUGAGACAAGGUCCUAACAUCAGAAAAAAUAAAAAAU